AGUAGUUUACAAUCCAUAACUUGUCAACUGUGGUGUCGAGAAAGGAAAGAGAUGAAAGUCUCAAAUGUGUGCACUGAAAAGUUCGCCGGCAGUGAGGAUGACAAUCUACUGCACAAAGGUUUGAAAGAAACUAGUAAAAAGGAAGAAGCAAUACAACGCAGGAAAGAAAUUUUAGCUCAGGUUUUUGUGACAAGUGCAGUGAUGUUGAGCGCGGCAAGCUGUGGGAUGCCUGUAGGAUAUUCUGCCGUUCUGCUGCCACAACUUAAAUUUAUGAACGAUUCGAUGCAAAUUGACGACGAGAUGGGAUCUUGGAUAGCUAGUAUCCAUUCAGCUGCAACUCCUUUAGGAUCCCUGCUCAGCGGCAUCUUAAUGGAACGAUGCGGUAGAAAAUUGGCACUACAAAUUGCUUCCAUGCCUCUAAUAUUCGGAUGGUUUUUAAUUGCCUUUUCUCUGAACCACUCUAUUCUGUUGUUAGGAAGAUUAAUUGCAGGAUUUUCAGCGGGAUUAACUGCAGCAGCUGGACAAGUCUUGAUCGGAGAGAUAUCAGAACCACGUCUUCGAGGUUUAUUUUCAAGUGUGCCCUUAGCCAGCUACUCAUUUGGAAUUCUGCUAGUUUACGCACUGGGAUCAUUAUUACCGUGGAGAUAUGUUGCAGUAUCUAGUACUGUCCUGCCUGUAACAUCACUAUUGGUAUUCUUCUUUCUACCAGAGAGUCCAGUAUGGUUAACAAGACAAGAGAAACUAGAAGAUGCUAAGAAAGCUCUAGUUUGGCUGAGGGGAGGAAAUAAAAUAAAGGCAAAACAAGAAAUGCAGCACCUCGUUGAUCGACUAGAAUCAGAAAAAAAGUCACAGACAAAAGCAAAUAUCACGACGCUCUUCCAACCCGAAGUUCUGAAACCUCUAAUUAUUAUAAAUGUAUUUAACAUACUUCAGCUAUUAUCCGGCACGUAUCUUAUUGUAUUCUAUGCUGUAGACAUCUUACAGCACAUUCAGGGGUCUCAAAAAGUCGAUCAUUACAUGGUGGCGAUCCUGACAGCGUGCGUCCGUUUUGUUUUCUCGAUAAUUGGCAGUUUUCUCCUCACCUUUAUCGGCCGCAGAGCGCUGGCAUUGACGUCUGGCUUGGGGACUGCCCUCUCAGCCCUUUUUGUCGCCACGUUUUUAAAUCAGAACUGCCAAGGGCUCAACUACGUCCCGGCCCUUUUCGUACUAAUCUACGUGGCAACUAAUACCUUGGGAUUCCUAAUACUACCCGGAGUUUUAUUGGGGGAAUUAUUCCCGGCUAAGAUACGGGGGCUGUCCGGCGGCCUGACUUUUAUGUUCUUCAAUUUGGCUUUGUUUGGUGUCGCUAAAGUUUUUCCUUUAGUGAGAAGUGUCGUAGGCAUUUCUGGAGUUUUCUGGAUUUUCGGAGGGACCUCACUUGUGGCAUGUUUGUUCUUAUAUUUAACUCUGCCGGAGACGAGGUCGAAAAGUUUAAGUGAAAUCGAGGAUUACUUUCAACAGAAAGGAUUUUUGUGGAGUAGAAGGAACCGACGAAGACAGGGAAGUAACGAACAGACUGGGAGUGGAGAUGUUUAAGACUGUUUUACUAAAUUAUUAUUUAUAUACAGUAUGUGUUAUUUUUGUUAAAUAAAUGAUAAAUAUUUUG